CGUUUUUGACGGCGGCGUGUUCGUGUCACCAAAACCGAGCACCCUUGAUGCUCGUCAUAAUAUGAACUUUUUGGCUCUGUCAGAGAUGCUCUCUGUUUGGUUUCGAAAAAGCACCCUCACUGCCCAGAAGCUGUCGCACGUGGCUCGCCGCCCACCACAAUGUUGGCCAUGGUCACUUGUCAAGUUUACCGAUGCUGGAUCAGGCCAUCAACGUGCCAGCCUGGCCUCCUUAGCACGGUGUGGACUUUCCCGGGACGAAUAUUGUCCUGGUGCGUUUGCGCUUUCCUCGAGGACACCAUUUCACGCAGUGGCUUUUCGGGCCAUGAAAGGAUACUUCCACUCAUCGGUUGUGAGCCUGAAGAAGCGACAGCAGCCCGAAGCUCCUCCUCGAGAGCUGGACCUGCUGCGCUAUGACAUGAAGGACUUGUGGAAGAGCCCCAAAGCGGCUCUGUGGCUAGGCUUUGCGGGACUGAUCCCCUUUGUUGCCCCUCCUCUCGUCAUGGGCGUGACUGAAAGUUACCUUCCCGACUUUGCCUACGCUCAGUUGGCCUACAGCGUCUCCAUCGUUUCUUUCCUGGGCGGCGCUCGCUGGGGCUACGCCCUCCCCGAGAGCAGCCCGGCCAAACCCGACUGGAUCAACUUGAGCAACAGUGUGGUUCCUUCACUCUUGGCCUGGGUUACCAUGCUCCUGGCUGAGAGCAUUGUUCCUGCAAUGACUAUGGUUAUUAUGGCGCUGGGAAUCUCACUUCACUACGAUCUGUCUCUGCUGCCCACUUACCCGAGCUGGUUCAAAGCCCUGCGCGCCGUCUUGAGCGUCGUGGCGUUUCUUUCCCUCAUGGGCACACUCGUUGCACGUGGAAUGUACCCGGAGAAAAGCUUUUUUUCAGACUGAGAAACAGCCUUGGCGCGUAAGAGUUGUGCAAAAUGUUUGUCUGUCAUUGUCGAGUUCAAAGACAAAUGGCCCUCCAAUGUGAACAUACGGUGCAUUUGAAAUCCAAUCGAUGGAAUCGACGAACGAAAUAAACGAUCGACCGAAA